CUGAGUAAAUAACAGAAACGGUAGUUGCCUUUUGUGUUGUUUGGGUUUUAGGUGUGACGUAGAAGAGAAGAGAAGAAAAGAAAAGAUGGACUUAAUUGAAUUAUGGGCAAUUUUCGGACCCGGAGUCGCCGGAGCCGUCUUCGGUGCGGGCUGGUGGAUCUGGCUCGACGCCGUCGUAUGCAGCUCAACCACCGUUCCAUUUCUUCACUACCUUCCUGGAAUUUUUGCAUCUCUCGCUGGUUUGAUGUUCAAUUGCGUUAGAAAAGAAGACAUUGAUUAUUCUCCUUAUGAUGAAGGAGAGUGGAGACUGAAGCUGUGGCUCUUCAUUGCAUAUGUUGUGUCCUUUGUUUCUUUAGCUGGAUCAGCGGGUAUGCUGAUCCAAGAUUCACUUGACAAAUCUGCCCCAUCAGUGUGGACCGGAGUUGCAGGUGUUUUGCAGUGUGUUUUUGUCUUGAUCAGUGGACUGAUCUAUUGGACUGCUCAUCCCGAAUAAGAUGAACUAAGAUAUUUUUUUUGAACAAAGAUGAACUAAGAUAUGACUUGGCGUUUCAAAUUAACCAGGUUAUGCUACCCAUGUACCAUUUUCUUUAUUUGAUGUGGUGAUAAAUAGCUGCCUUUGUGUAAAUCAGUAAAUGUAAAUUGUCUUAACAAUCUUGAGCCACUGGGUAGAUUACAUGUUUCACAUGAUUGAUCAAGAUCUGCUAUCCAAAGUAAUUUAUUCGUGUGAUGUUUAAAA